AACACACGAGCGAACGCACCACGUGCUCCUCCACAUGUGUUCAGCAUGGCGAACUGGACUCAGGAGGACGGUGCUGCGAAACCCGUCACAAACCCCUCGGAUGUGUCCACAAUAGCGCAGAUAUCUAGCGGAGAUGUCACGGCCAGACCCGGGGGGAAUUCUGCGGUGGUUCCGUGUCUCAUUCCGUCGUUCGCGGGCGCGGUGAAGCUGCUGAACGCGCAUUACUCGUGCCUGGUGCUCGACACGCACCGCAGACACGUCGCGCUGCCGCCCGUAUACCUGCGAAAGAAGAGGCUCGGCAUUCAGGAGGAGCUCAACGCAGAACUGCUCAAAUACUCCUGCAGUUUGAAUGGGGUUCCUAUGGCGUAUGACAACAUUAAAAUCGUAGGACAGCAUGGAGACAUUUAUGAUGAUCAAGGAUUCAUUCACUUCAACAUCGAGGCGUCGUUCGUGAUCUUCAAACCGCAGAUUGGGUCGAAGCUCGUGGGUGUGAUUAAUAAAAUGGGAGUGGGUCAUGUGGGCUGUCUGGUCCACGGCUGCUUUAACGCAUCAGUGAUGAAGCCCAAUCUGCUGAGCCCGGAGCAGUGGAGGGACUCUGGCCUGAGUGUUGGACAAUGCCUGGAGUUCGAGGUCUUCAAGCUGGACGCUGAAGCUGCUGGUGUUCUUCUCAUCAGAGGACGGCUGGACAAAUCCAGAGUGCAAGAGCUCAUGACCCAAACCGAACAAAAGGAAUCAACUGUAGAAUCCUCUACAGAACCAGAACCCACGGAAGACACGACCGUCAGUCCAAAGCCCAAGAAGAAGAAGAAGAAAGACAAGCAUGAGAAGGAGUCUGUGAACGACAGCAGCCUGCAGCAAACGUCAGAAAACAACCGAACCACUGUGGACACAAUGGAGGUGGACUCCAAUGCAAACGGACAUCACAAAGAGAAAAAGAAGAAGAAAAAAGACAAACGACAGGAGUCGGAUGAGAUCUCGCCCGCUGAGCUCCCGGCGAGCGACUCCAGCGGGUAUUUGAGCGAUAAAACCAGCAGAAAGAGAGCGGCGGAGAGAGAAGACGCCACUGAAAUAAUGCCUGCUGCUAAAAUGAAGAAGAACAACAAGUGAUAUCUGUCACAGGGCAUUUAAUGAACUCAAAAACUUUGUGAGAUUUAUAUUUACAGAAUAUAAUAAAAGAUUUUUCCUCUGGA